AUGGAUUCAAAUUUGACUUCAACCCUCCCGUCACAUCUGGCGUAUGUGAGAGUGGAAUACAUCAUAACAACGUAUGUGUAUAGGAUCCUAUAUGGUAUUGGAUUAGCCGGAAAUGUGUUUGCUGUAAUUGUGUGGAGCAGAGCAAGAGCCAAAUCAUCACCAGUGAAAUAUUUCAUUGCAAUCAGUGUGGCAGAUACAUUGGUGCUGUUUACUCAUGCUCUUGAAAAUAUCGUGGACCUCAGUAUUGAUGGCUUGUGUCAAAGUGUCCAUCUCAUGUUUUUAGCUGUUCAAAGUUUUGCUAUUUUAUUAGUUUUAGGCUUGAGUGUCGAGCGAUAUAUAGAGGUGUGCCACCCUUUAAAAGGAGAAAAAUUAGUCACGGUAUCGCGAACGAAGAAAACCAUCAUUUUAAUGGCCAUUGUAUCUGUUCUGGGAAGCUUUAUGGAAGGAUAUAUCUGGAACGUUGACGAAAACAAAUUGUGCGUCCACAGACAAAAUAUUCCGCGUCGACUGUUAUGGAUAUACGGCACGUGUGUGUUAUUUCUUAUGUUUAUGUUGCCUAUAUUUACUAUUUUAUUUAUUAAUUUGACAGUAUUGUGCAAGGUUAAGCGACGAAACAGUAAUCAUAGCGUGGCAUAUAGUACGUCUAUGGUUCCCGAAAAACUCUCAAUAAAUGCAGCGUUUUUAGCAAUAUCUUUAUGGUUAGCGUUAAGUGAAUUGUGUUACGCCAUUGUCCAUCUCAUUCAAUACUUCGUAGCAACACAUUCUGACUUUUUCUGGAAUAUUCAUACCAUUAAGCCAUUACCCGGACAAUGGCGGACGUAUUAUAACGACGAUUCUAUUCCACUGUUAAUAGCCGACGUAGUGACUCUUGCAAGCUACUCCGUCAAUGUGAUAUGUUUUGUUUUAACCAGUUAUACUUUCCGAAAGGAAGCGAAAAGACUGUUCAGAAAAAAUAUUAGAAAUAGGGCACGUUUAUGA